CGUCACUCGCCCGACGUGCACGGCGCCGCUGUGUAGGAAUGUGCGCUAGCCAGCCAACUUUUUCCACUUUCCCUUGCCGCUCGUACACUAGCGGACGCCUGCUUAGAGUCGCGCCGAGCCAGCACCGGAUCGAGCGGGCAACGCUCCGAAAGGAAAAAUGUCGUCCCUCUUUUCCAUGGAGACGUUCCCGCCGAUGGACGACGCGGUCCGAGCCUCGGCCGCGCCGCAGCUGGUGAUGCUGGCCAACGUAGCGGAUGCCGUGGCCGAGGAAAAAGAGAUGGCGGAGUUAAAGACAGUGGCGUGCGGCUACUCGGACGGCGAGGACGACAUCAGCUACGGCUAUGACGACGGCGCUGCCGUUAUUACCGCCGCCGACUAUUCGGAGUCAGUGAGCCUAGUCGCGGACGGCGGUGAAUUCUCGCCCCCGGACUCGUGCGUCCCUGCCCCUCCAUCGCCGCCUGUCCCGGUAGAGGUCACCAAGAAGAAGAGGCCUUUCCACUGCAAGCCGUGCCACUUUCAGGCUGAGGAUGAGAAUGCCUUUGUUGAGCACCUGCGAACACACGCCGUCAGCAAGGCGGUGGUGGGCCGGCGCGUGGAGGGGCGCAGCAAAGGAAAAGGGGCCCAGGAGCCCGCCGAGGAGGCGGCGGCCGACGCCAAGGGUCUGAUCCGCUGCCAGCGCUGUGGCUACAACACCAACCGAUAUGAUCACUACGUAGCACACCUCAAGCAUCACGGCAAAGAGGGUGACGACCACAGGGUCUUCAAGUGCACCUUGUGCGCGUACAGUACCGUCAGUCAGUACCAUUGGAGGAAGCACCUGAGGAAUCACUUUCCCAGCAAGCUGCACACAUGCACUCAGUGCUCCUACUUCUCCGACCGCAAGAGCAACUACAUCCAGCACAUCCGCACGCACACGGGUGUGCGGCCUUUCCGCUGCCCGUACUGCGACUACUCCAGCUCCCAGAAGACGCACCUGACCCGACACAUGCGCACGCAUUCAGGCGAGCGACCUUUCAAGUGCGAGAGCUGCAACUACCUGGCCGCCAACCAGCACGAGGUGACCCGCCACGCCCGACAGGUCCACAACGGUCCCAAACCGCUGGCGUGCCCGUACUGUGAGUACAAGACUGCUGACCGCAGCAAUUUCAAGAAGCACGUGGAGCUCCACCUCAACCCUCGCCAGUUCCUCUGCCCGCUCUGCAAAUACGCCGCCUCCAAGAAGUGCAACCUGCAGUACCACAUCAAAUCCCGACACUCGGGCUGCGACGUCACUGUCGACGUCUCCAAGGUUAAGCUGAGGGUAAAAAAACCUGAGGGGUCAUCAGCGGAGGAGCUGCCGACUCCUCCCGAGGGACGCUCCGAUGCCGUCGACCUUUCCAUCGGAAAGAAAGGGGAACAGGGCACGGAGAAAGCAGAGCACGUGGCCGUCGGAAAGAAAGGGGAACGGGGCACGGAGGAAGCAGAGCACGUUGCCGUCGGAAAGAAAGGGGAACGGGGCACGGAGGAAGCAGAGCGCGUUGCCUUGGGAAAGAAAGGGGAACGGGGCACGGAGGAAGCGGAGCGCGUGGGCAAACUGGAGCGGGAGAAAAGCGUCACCGGCGGCAGACAAAAGGAGACGCCCGCCGUCUCCGAAACCAAGAAAAGAGUCAAGAGAAGUGGGACCGACGGAGCACGCCGCCUGGAACCCACGGAGGACCGGACGGAGAAGUCUCCGUCCAAUUCUACAUCCGGAGGAACAGUCGGCCGGAGAGCUGCGAGCCGGCCUGGAAGUUCCGCCCCCAUUGAGUCGGAGCCAGAAGAACCCGCUCGGCGGAAGGGCGGGAAAUGCAAAAAGAGGAAGGCGGCAGGAGCGCCGGAGCUUGCUCCGGAGUCUCGCCGGGUCAGAGAGGGGCGGUCCCGUGCGGCACGCGGACAUGCCAACACCAGUGAGCCAGUGGAAGAGGGCCCACUCUGCCCACCCUUGGCCAAAGUCCAGGCCGCCGAGCCGGAAGACGACGAGGGCGUACACAGCGGCCACGAAGGCGGCGGCGGUGACGGAGGCGACGUCAGCGACAAUAGCGACGGUGCCUCUGAAGGCAGCGAUGACUCCGGGCUCAAUGGGAAAAUGGUCAACGACUCAGAGACGCCCAGCCCUGAAACGCCCGCUCCGACGGAGCAGAAAAGUCACACCUGCAUCUUCUGUGACCGCCACUUUCCCCUUGAGUCCCAAUACCGCCGCCACCUCAACCGCCAUCUUGUCAACGUGUACUAUAUGGACACGGCGGCGGUCCACUGAGCCUGUUUUUUUUCUCUGAUUAAGCUCUAACAUGAGCUGCGCUUUUGAUUAGCGCCCAGGUCUACAAGCGGCACUUUCAUUCAAUGACACGUCGGAUGAUGUCGCAAGGACUCGGCAAGACUAAAAUGGUUUUUCACGUAGCGUUUUGACAAUCUUCAAGCUAACUCCACUUUAUACACAAAGAGUUUGGUGUAACAUAAAUCAACAAUCUACGAGCAAGCAAAAUUGAGCCUUGAGUCUAUUACGACAACCUUGUCCAGCCAGCUUUUAAAAGGACAGCAGCUUUUUGAGAAAACGUCUAGUAAAUCUAGUAUAUCAUUAUGAGUGUUGCACACAUACAUACCAUUGACUCCCGAUACCUGGUUAUGGUAUUAGGCAGCAGAUUUUUUUUUUUUUUUUUGGAGGUGGGGGAUAUACCGGUACUUUUUUUUUUUUUGGAAAUACAAAAUGACUGAAUUCUGGAAUGUCAAAUAAAUACUAUCAUGCUUAAAACCCUUCAUGAAAGAGAGGGAAAAAAACUAAAUAGGCUUGCCACCUGUCUUUGAAAUAAGACUAUUCCAACUUGGGAAUUAAAAUUUGCGUUCAGUAUUGAACCAAGAUGGAAUAUAUAUAAAUAGAUUUUUAUGCAUUUUAGGAGUUUUGGAGAUGUCCCUUUUUUUCUCGUCGCCCGUACGGCUUUGUGCGCGAGGGGGGCGUUCCUCAUUUCUAUUUCUGAAAGGUGGCAACCCUAAUUAUAAACUUUGUGCAGUCAAGGUCACUAUACCACAUUAGUACGUUAACUUAGUUCAUGUGCUUAUCACUUUUUUUAGCUGACUACACAAGUUCACUAGCCUGCUUUUCUGUUUUCCCUCAUAACAAAUACAUUCGGAGUAGCUACGCUAGCUUUGCUCAUGUGAUUAUUUUGGUUAGGACAAACAUGUUAGUGAAAAGUCUCGGCAAAGAUAGCCAACUUUUUUUUUUAAACAGGUUUUUUAAAAUUCUCUUAAAUGAACAGAAGAUGACACACAAUCCUGGAGCAACAAAACAUUAAUACAGAUAAUAAAACAUGCAACAAUAUUAAAUGAGUACAAAAAGAAAAUUCUUUUAGUACAUAGGUCCAAUUGCAAACCAGCCUCAACCCCAUCUGAGGUAGAGAAAGUCUUUCUCCAUGUACAUGUCAGUGUUCAUAAAAGGUUAAACCCUGGGUGGUAGGAACGUUUUACAUGUAUUUUUCCAGUGUUUCAAGUAUAAGCAAUAUAAUGGAAAGAAUGUUAAAUGAGCAUUUUAAAACUCCUCGGCUCAAAAUACCACAGGACUUAAGACCUAGCUACCAUUUUCCAUCUCACAAAAAUAACAUUCAAUGACAUUUUGCCAUUUUUUCCCCCCCUUUAAUACGUUUAAUGUGUUCCUUUUCUUUGGCAUUUAUCGGCGGCCAUCUUGAAAGACAACCAGUAGUUGGAGACAACCUUGAAGACCACAUAUCGGACAGUAUCGGACGGUUCAUCAUAUCUUAGUACUUCCGAUAGUUUCCUGUAUUUAUUGCCAUAUCGGGGCCCCUUCCAAUCAAGAGCGUAUGUUUGCAUAGGAACAGUAGGGGCAUAACACGACCAAAUUUUCAGGAUACUCAAAUUGUCCCCACCAACUUUGAGGCAACCUUAUUUGCAUUAUAUAAUGAGUUGUUAUAAAAUAAUAAU